UAUGGUAAUUAAGGGGUAACAUGGGUUUCGUGUGUUCAAAAAAUCGAUUUUUUUUUUGGCUUAAUAAUUUCUACAACAUCUCAAGAAUAAUAUCCUAAAUUUUCAAGUCGAUCUGAAUAAUAGUUUCGGAGAUACAGCCUUUGGAAGGUGUGCGCUCCAAGUCAGGUAUAGAAGGGUCAGCGUGCCUCAGGUAUAGUGAGCAGCUGCUCGUCUAUUGUUUGUCUGUCAUUGUUGUUUAUAACUUUCACUUCCUAAGGACAACUAGUUUGAAAUAUUUUAUUUGGUGAAUACUCAUUGAAGGACGAGGUUCAUUUUAGGUUAUCCCAAGUUUCUAUUAUAAAAUUUAUUAAAAACGUGGUAUUAUUAGUGGUUAUCUAGUGUCAGUUGUGAAGUUGAUAAACAAUGCAUAAAGUUACAAGAAAACAGUUAGCCCUUGGAGCUCGUAGAAAAGAUAGACUGAAAAGAAGGAGACGGUCCUUUAAUGGUAAAAAUCCGGAAACUGAUGAUAGUUCCUUCACGAGCACCUCAGCAAAAAAAAAUUAAAAUGUGAUGAUAAAGAACACGUGCUAUGAAACCAAUAUAUGAAAAUCUCAGUAAGGAUGAGCUUCUAGAACGGUGUGUUGGUGGUUUCACACAAAAUAACAACGAGAGCUUCAACCAGUUGAUCUGGAAAAUUACUCCAAAAAUACUUCCUGCUGGUUUGAAGAUUGUAAAUAUUGCGGCAUUGGUCACUGCUUGUAUCUUCAAUGAAGGAACAUCAGCUUUAUUAUUGAUUAUGCACGGUAUGGAUUUAAAAUUAGGCCGAAACUCCCACGAAUAUGCCCGAAUGUCGGAUGAAAACCGUGUGUGCGCAGCCGAAAAAAAAUCUGCGAGCGAGACUCACGAAGCCAGAAUCUGUCAUCGACAGGAGCUAAAGGAUGCCUUGGAUAUUGCAACUGCUGCAGGAUCUUUAAUUUAUGGCCCAGGAAUCGACGAUUCACUAUGAUCCUGUCAGGAGUUAUGCUGACAGCGCGGACGUACCUUUUUUUCGAGAGGUCACCGGAAAUGACGUCACAAUGGCGGAGUUUUAAUUUUUUUUUUUGAAAAUCUCAGAAAUUAUUCUUUAAAUGUGUAUCUUUA